UUGUGUGAACCAAGUAGUUUUCUUUGUUUUCUUGAAUCUCCCUCAUUUUUCAUUUGCCAGUUGACCUCUGUGAAACAUUUUAUUUUCUCUCAUUUUCACAGAGCCUUUGAGUGGCUGUGCUAAAAGUCAGUAAAAAUGGCUUACAAUGUUUCUCUCCCUGGACCUGGACCGUGGGGAUUCCGUCUGCAAGGAGGAAAAGACUUUAACAUGCCCUUGACCAUCUCCAGAGUUACCCCAGGCAGUAAAGCAGCACAAUCCAGCAUAAACCAGGGCGACAUUGUAGUUGCUAUUGAUGGAGUCAACACAGACGGCAUGACUCACUUAGAGGCUCAGAACAAGAUUAAAUCUGCCAGCUACAACUUGAGCCUCACACUUCAGAAAUCAAAGCGUCCUGGACCAGUUCCCACAGCUACCCCACGAAUGGAUUCCCCAAUGCCAGUGAUCCCUCAUCAAAAGGACCACGCUUUGGAAAUCAAUGGCAGCAGAACAGCCUACAGUACUGUGUCUAGCAAAUCUGCUGUGCCACUGGGUGGUUUUAUGAACACAAAUGGGACAAUGGCAGGCUACAUCAGCAAGCAAGAAACCAACCAUUCUCAUAGCUCUACUUUUAUAAAGACCUCAGUUAGAACCUCCAUGUCAACCCACUCAGUGGCAUCUGAAACAUCUCCGAUUAAGGGUAGCAUAGGGUCAAAAGUUGAUCCCUUGGUUAGUGGUGCCAAUAAGCCCAAUAAUCAAUUUAGCCCAUCUAAAAAUCGACUAUAUAAUAACCCUGUUGGGCUUUACUCAGCAGAGACUUUGAACGAAAUGGCGGAAAUGCAUAAAUUAAGCCUGAAAGGAAGGGCUUCAGAAGGUGGUCUUCAGAGAGGUAACCUUCCUGUUAAAGAUCCUCUCAUAGACAUUGCUUCUCCAGUGUAUCAGGCUGUACUUAAAAAUCAGGGCAAAACUGAGGGCGAAAUUGAUGACUGGGCUCGUCGUGCUGCCAAUCUGCAGUCUAAGUCCUUCCGUGUCCUUGCACACAUCACUGGAACAGAAUACAUGCAAGAUCCCGAUGAAGAUGCAUUGAGAAGAGCAAGCAGCAAGGAAAAUGUUGCCAAAUCUCCAGAAACAAGUCCUGCAGGUGCCAAAGUGCCAUCAUCUGCAAGGUCAGGUUCCUGGCAACCUACUAAGUCACCUACGCAGGAGGACAGCCCUUCCCAGCCCAGUCCAGUGUCCUCAAAAGGUUAUUCCGUGAGGUUUGGGGGUGAUUCAGUUCCAAGAAAAAACAUUCACACCAGCCCUGAUCAGAAUGUGCCCAAACUUUCACCCCCUCUUACAUCUUCCUAUAAAAGAGCACCAGCAGCUGCCAACAUCUCUGCUUCACAGACCAAAACCUUCCAAGGAUCAAAGAACAUGUCCAUAGCAGCAUCCACUAUAUCGUCUGCCAUUUCUGCACAGUCUAGCCACCAACAGCAAUCGUCCUUCACUACCACCUACCAGUCAAAAACAAGUCAGUCAUUUUCUUCAUUAACAACUGCGAAAGCUCCAGUGCCUUAUGGAGGGUACAGUGAACCUGCAGCUCUUUCAGCUCCUGCAGCUCCUGCAGCUCCUGCACCAAAACCUCGAGUAGUCACUACUGCAAGCAUUAAACCUUCUGUUUAUCAACCCAGUCAAGCUCCUGCCCCAGGUCCAGUUUAUCCACCAGCCCAACCACCAGUCCAAACGUACGCACCACCUGCACAAGAACCCUCUAACAGGCCUCCCUGGGUGACGGAUGACACCUUUUCUCAGAAAUUUUCACCAGGCAAAUCCACAACCACUCUCACUAAGCAAAUUCUGCCAAAAGCUGCCCCACUUCCACCUACUCCAAUCAAUGCUCCCAGCUACACACCUCAGCCUGUCAGUCAGCCACCUCCACAGGUUCCCAGGGGUCUUAUACAACGUGCUGAAAGAUUCCCAGCAAGCAGCAGGACCCCACUUUGUGGCAGUUGCAACGGCAUAAUUCGAGGGCCUUUCCUGGUAGCCAUGGGUCGGUCAUGGCACCCUGAGGAGUUUAAUUGUGCUCACUGUAAGACAUCUCUGGCUGAUGUGAGUUUUGUGGAAGAACAGAAGGGCGUGUACUGUGAGCGCUGCUAUGAGCAGUUCUUUGCUCCAACUUGUGCCCGUUGCAACACAAAAAUUAUGGGGGAAGUGAUGCAUGCCCUAAGACAGACUUGGCACACCACUUGCUUUGUCUGUGCAGCAUGUAGAAAGCCAUUUGGUAAUAGCCUUUUCCAUAUGGAAGAUGGAGAGCCAUACUGCGAAAAAGAUUAUAUUGCUCUGUUUAGCACAAAAUGCCAUGGCUGUGAUUUCCCAGUGGAGGCAGGAGACAAGUUUAUUGAAGCUCUUGGCCAUACAUGGCAUGAUAGCUGUUUCAUCUGUGCUGUCUGUCAUGUGAAUUUGGAAGGGCAACCAUUUUACUCCAAAAAGGAUAAGCCCCUCUGCAAGAAACAUGCCCAUGCCAUCAAUGUUUAAACAAUAACUUGCAAAAAUGAAGCUAAGGAUCAACUGAACAUCCAAGCAGCACAACAAUUAUUGUUCCAUCUAAAUGAGUAUUGUGUACCUUAUGACAUCUAAAGUGCAACUUAAUUAUUUGCUCUUACUUAUAAAGAGAACAUAGAAAAAGAACAUUUACAAAUGUCAUUUUGCAAACGGCCUAUGUUAUAUGUUAAUAGGAAAGAGCAUCACUUUUACCAUGCAAUACAGAGGGAUAACAAAAAGUGACAACCCAAUCCAGGAACACUUAGUUCCACUUUGUACUCCACUGUAGAACAUUUUGUCCCUGUGUUUAUUUAUUAUCCCUAUGUGCAUAAAAUAAUAGGCCUUCAUGCUUAAUGAUACCAAACAAACGCGUUUGGUUAUCAAAUCAUAAACAUUUUAUAGGUUUUUACUGUAAAUGAAAAACCUUGCCAGGUAUAACGGCAACUCUAUACACACAUGAAUACCAGUGUGGAAGCCUUUCUACAUUAAAACAAA